AUGCCCGACCUGAAUGCAACGACUCGCAAGAAGGUCACUAUCCAGACGCUUCGGAAGCUGUAUGAGAAGGGGGAACCGAUUACUAUGCUCACGGCGCAUGAUUUCCCCAGUGCGCAUGUGGCUGAUGCGUCGGGGAUGGACAUGGUGUUGGUUGGGGAUAGCUUGGGGAUGGUAGCGUUGGGGCUGGAGAACACAAGUGAGGUCGUAAUGGAUGAGAUGAUCUUGCAUUGUCGGAGUGUUGCGCGCGGGGCGAAGGCGGCGUUCCUUGUGGGAGAUCUCCCGAUGGGCUCAUACGAAGUGAGUGCGGAACAGGCUGUCGCGUCGGCUUUGCGUUUGGUGAAGGAAGGUCGCGUUCACAGCGUCAAGAUCGAAGGUGGAGAGGAACUCGCGCCCACUAUCAAGCGCAUUACACAAGCCGGCGUGCCGGUCGUAGGCCAUGUGGGCCUUACGCCUCAGCGGCAGAAUGCUCUUGGCGGCUUCCGCGUUCAGGGCAAAACGGCUGCUAGCGCUGUGAAGCUGCUGCAGGAUGCACUGGCGAUGCAAGAGGCUGGGGCGUUUAUGAUCGUUCUUGAGGCGAUGCCAUCGGAGGUUGCCACGGUUAUAACAGAGAAGCUGCGGAUUCCAACCAUCGGCAUUGGUGCUGGGAAUGGUUGCUCAGGUCAGGUUCUUGUCCAGGUUGACAUGUCUGGGAAUUACCAGCCUGGCCGAUUUGUUCCGAAGUUUGUUAAACAGUAUGCGGAUGUAUGGGGUGAGGCUGCCCGUGGUAUCUCUAUGUAUCGUGCCGAGGUUAAGAGUCGGGCGUUUCCUUCUGGGGAAUACACGUAUCCGAUCUCAAAGGAGGAGCUGGCGGGGUUCCAGAAGACUGUGGAUGAGGUCUUCCAGGAGACGUGA